AUGUCUUCAUCAGUCAAACUCUAUCCACAUAAUUCCGAUGGUCAAGCACCUCCCACCAGCCCGCUACCUCAACUCAUCAAUACCCCAUCAGGUCUGGCAAUUCUAGAACUUCAAGGCACCAUCAAUCUCCCAGCCACAGAAAGCGAAGAUGGUAUCAGAACGGAAGAAGUAUCCGUUGGCCGCAUUUUUUUCCCGGACUACAAUCCAAACACGCUAGAUCCGUCCAACACCACAUGGAUGAAGCGGGUGCACUUAUACGUCGGACUGCAUCAGAGGCUCACGGGAGAAGUCAAGAAGUUGCCUAAGGCACUGGCUGUGAUUCGCAAACGCGGAAAAACAGAGGAUGGGGAUGAGGAAAUGACAGAUGCAACUGCCGGAAUCAAGACCGAGGAGCUGGAGGUUGUCGAGAUUGUCAAGUACAAGCUGGCCUUCUCCAACCGACCUGAGCCUGUGGGAGCUACCAUGGGAACUGCCGUGGGAAUUACAUGA